UGGAAUUGCGGUGGCCGUUGCCGGCGCCGUUCGGCCGUUCGCAGCGGGGCGGCGCGGCGGGGAUGAGCCUCCGCUCGGCCCGGCCAAGGGGACGCGGGCGGAGGGACGCCGCGCGCCAGACCGGGCCCUCAGCAGCCCGCUGCCGCUCUCCGCUGCUGGCCGCGUCCCGCAGGCGAGCGGCCGCGGAGCUCAGGGAGCGCUGCUGACCGGAGCCCGCCCGCUCGGGCCCUGCUGGCCCCGCGGCGGGGGAGGGGGGGGGCGCGCAGGUAGCGGGGCGGCCGCGCCCCGACCCGAGCCCUCGGGGGGGCGGGGGCCGUUGAGGCGGCCCGGUCCCCCCUUCCCCUCCCCUCUCCCGCGCAGUGGUUCGGCGGGCGAGGGGGGGACGCGGCCCGGCGCCCGCGGGGAAGGAUGGUGAAGCCGCCGCCAGCCCCCGCGUCGGGCCGGGAGGUGGUCGAGCCGAGCCGGGCCCGCGCCGGCAGGGCCGCCACGCGCAGGGGCUGAGGGGCUGAGCCGUGCCCCGCGGGGUGGUCGCUAGCGGAAGGAUGACCACUCCCGCCUUGCUACCACUCUCCGGGCGGAGGCUGCCCCCCCUGAACCUGGGCGCCUCCGCCUUCCCGCACCACAGGGCUACCUUGAGACUCUCCGAGAAAUUUAUCCUGCUCCUUAUUCUUAGUGCCUUCAUCACCCUGUGCUUCGGGGCGUUCUUUUUUCUCCCCGACUCCUCGAAGCACAAGCGCUUUGACCUGGGUUUGGAGGAUGUGCUCAUUCCUCACGUGGACACCAGCAAAGGGGGCAAGAACCUCGGCGGCUUUCUCAUCCACGGGCAAGGGCACGACGAGCAUCGACAUAGAGAAGAAGAGGAACGUCUGAGAAAUAAGAUCCGAGCAGACCAUGAAAAGGCUCUGGAAGAGGCUAAGGAGAAAUUGAAGAAAUCACGUGAUGAGAUUCAAGCCGAAAUUCAGACAGAAAAGAACAAAGUAGUGCAAGAGUUGAAAAAGAAAGACAGCAAGCCACUGCCUCCUGUUCCUUUACCAAAUCUUAUAGGGAUAAAUGGUGGAGAACCAACAGACCCGGAUAUUCGAGAGAAGAGGAACAAAAUUAAAGAGAUGAUGAAGCAUGCCUGGGACAAUUAUAGGCAAUAUGGAUGGGGACACAACGAGCUCAAACCAAUUGCCCGGAAAGGACAUUCCACCAACAUAUUUGGAAACUCACAAAUGGGUGCUACCAUAGUAGAUGCAUUGGAUACUCUUUAUAUCAUGGGGCUUCAUGAUGAAUUCAGAGAAGGACAAGAAUGGAUUGACAAAAAUCUUGAUUUCAGUGUGAAUUCUGAAGUGUCUGUUUUUGAGGUCAAUAUUCGCUUCAUUGGUGGUCUUCUAGCAGCUUACUACCUUUCAGGACAAGAGGUUUUCAAGAUCAAAGCAGUACAACUGGCAGGAAAACUUCUUCCAGCCUUCAACACACCUACGGGUAUACCAUGGGCAAUGGUGAACCUGAAAAGUGGUGUGGGUCGAAACUGGGGCUGGGCUUCUGCCGGCAGCAGCAUCCUCGCUGAGUUUGGUACUCUGCACAUGGAAUUUGUCCACCUCAGCUAUUUGACAGGGGACCCUGUGUACUACAACAAGGUCAUGCACAUUCGGAAGUUACUUCAAAAAAUGGAUCGUCCUAAUGGACUUUAUCCAAAUUAUUUGAAUCCAAGAACAGGCCGAUGGGGUCAGCAUCACACAUCCGUGGGCGGGCUGGGAGACAGUUUUUAUGAAUAUUUAUUGAAAGCCUGGCUUAUGUCAGACAAGAUGGACACUGAGGCAAGGAAAAUGUACGACGAUGCAAUUGAGGCCAUAGAAAAACAUCUCAUCAGAAAGUCCAAUGGAGGACUGACCUUCAUUGGGGAGUGGAAGAACGGGCACCUUGAAAGAAAGAUGGGCCAUUUGACCUGUUUUGCAGGAGGAAUGUUUGCCCUUGGAGCAGAUGGUUCCAGAGAUGAUAAAGCAGGACAUUAUUUGCAGCUUGGAGCUGAAAUUGCACAUACAUGUCAUGAAUCGUAUGACAGGACAACAUUAAAGCUGGGUCCAGAAGCAUUCAAAUUUGAUGGUGGCAUAGAAGCAGUGGCGGUGCGGCAGAAUGAGAAGUAUUACAUCUUAAGACCAGAGGUGAUCGAGACCUACUGGUAUAUGUGGAGAUUCACCCACGAUCCCAAAUACAGGCAGUGGGGCUGGGAGGCAGCGCAGGCAAUUGACAAAUAUUGCCGAGUCAGCGGUGGAUUUUCUGGUGUCAAGGAUGUCUAUUCCUCAUCUCCUACAUAUGACGAUGUACAGCAGAGCUUUUUCCUUGCUGAAACUUUGAAGUAUUUGUAUCUGCUUUUCUCCAGUGAUGACCUUCUACCAUUAGACAACUGGGUUUUUAACACAGAAGCUCAUCCUCUGCCUGUUUUACAUUUAGCCAACACCACACUGUCAGGAAAUCCUGCAUAUCGAUAAAAACAGCUCUAUGAAGAGGAAGAGAGCCUGUUUUCAGCUCUGUUUUGUUUACAUGGACCACUAGAGACUUUAAGCAGAAGAGGAGAUGGACACUUGAUAAAACUAGGCCUCUUGAGUCAAGGAAGUACCGGCGUGAGAAACGAAACUCUUCAACAUAUAGAUAAGAUUAAAAGUUCUGUUUUAUACAUGACCAAAACAUGUUAGUGUGGUAUUUGCAGGACAGAGACUUCACGUGCUUUGAACCCUAGCGAGACAUGGAAUCUACAGUUUUAAUAUAAAUGCAGCAGAGUAAGGAAGAAGAGGCUUUCCCAUCCAGGGAGAGGCACUUGCUGCUGCUGCUGCUGUUUGCUGUUGCAAGGAACAACACACCAGUCACCUCUUCAAAUCGGGUGGGAUCCAAAUACCUACAUUUUCUUUUUCCUUUUUUUUUAAUUUCCUUUGAUGAUGGCAUGAACAAAGCGACAACAAAAAACAACAUCACUGUACCAGCAGCAUCAGGAUUGCAGUUUUUUUCUGUACCUGUCUGAAUUUCUAGUGAGCAUCUGUUUGUCCAGACUGGCAGCCAUUCCUAUGGCCUCUAAGCUACUAAAACUAAACUCUAAACCACAAAUAACUAUUGCCUUCUCAUUUUCCAUUUUCAAAACGAUGCCAAAAGAUAUGUUACAUGUUCACAUCCAAAACAAAACCCCAAUUAGUAAGCAUUUGGUUUGUAGUUCACUGUCAGCAACGUGAGCUCAUUUGUCAAGCUAUAGUCACAUAAGAUGGAGCAUAUCACAGGGGUAGGAAGGAGCCUGAGUUUCCGUUCCUCACAAGUCCUGUCAUGUGGAAAAAAACAAUCUCUUGUUAGUCCUGGUUCUUUUAGCUAAAUAAACAGAGAUAACAGCAUGAGAAAAGCAGUCUCUUAAGAUUUUUAUAGGAGGAUACAGUAUAUAUAUAAUGUGUGUAUAUAUAUAUAUAUGCACACACAGGAAUUUGUUGCUGUUUAUUUUUCCACAUAAUUUGGAUUUUUCCUAAAAGUUAAAUUUCACUCUUUGGAUACUCUUCAUCGAACAUUCCUUGCAGAUACCUGUGUGACAGAAGCCCAAAACUGCCUUUGAUUUAGUUACAGAACUCCUUUUCUUCUGGGUGCUCCAACAGAAAGCCAACAUGAUCUUCUUUGGAAACAACAUUUUUCAUGUGAGUGGAAGAAGAAACUGAAGAGUCUCUUCUUCCAUUAGUUUAGGAGAAGUGAGGUGCUGCAACCUCCAUGUGUUUGGGGUUUUUUCAAGUACUAGUCAGGGCUGGACAGUAUCACUUAAAUAGAAUCUGCUUCAGUCUUCAUUUAUUUGAUAAAAGAGGUUUUGUCUAUUCAGGUAUAUCUCAGUCUCUGGUUUUUACUAUUGCUUCAGAAUCCGUACAGCUCAAAUUAUUUUUUAUUCCCCUUGAUGGCUCUCACAUCCUUUUGCCACAAUGACUAGCUCCUUUGCUGAAAAAGAGCUGUGAGGUGCUUCUUCCCCUCCUAAUUAGUGCACAGGUUGCGUCUUUAAAAAAAUCUUGUGUUUUUACACUAGAGUGGAAGAACUCUUCAGUGAGUUACAGCAGUACAGCAUCAGAUACAAAGGGAAUGAGUGCUAUUUGUCCUCCUACAAAAUGUUUCCAGAUGAAGCUUGCUACAGAAAAGAUUUUCUCUCAUAUUAAAAUAUAUCUGACUGUACAUUAUAGUAGAAUUUCCCCCACAAAAUUUUCCUUCACUCAUCUUUGACACUAAUUUAGACAUAGAAAUUAUCACAAAGUCUAAUAAAAAGUGCUAUCAGAUGCUUUUUUUCGCAAACAGUUACUUCAGUUUAAGAGGAGGCAGACUUAGAACUCGGGAAAAAAAAGAAAUCUCAAUGUUUUUAUCUUAGUACCAGUUAGUUACUGUAAUUUGCAGCAAUAUCUUAAAAAUAAUUUCAGAAAUGGUAAAGUAAUUGAUAUAGGAAAUUAUACUGAUUCAAGUAAUUAUUUACUUAAAAUUAGAAGUAGCUUAAUAAAUGGAUUCUUCUUACUGGCCUUACAUAAAUUUAUUUUUCUAAUUAAUAUUCAGUGACUUAAUGAAGAGAUGGUCAUUUUCCAAAGUUCAGAUAUGUUGUGUUAUCAGAAUGAAUUUUUCCCAUGCCACGAGAACUGUUAUUAGUUUUAAACUGCGCUCGGUUGCCUUGUUCUCCUAAAUCUCUCUGGCUACAAAGGAAAAAGAGGAAAAGGAGACUCUUCUGUCUUGGGCAGAAAAAAAAGGAAAGAAAAGAAAAAGGCACUCACCACCCCAUACACCUCCCGAUAAAUGCAGAUGUAGAAUGGCUGCCAGUCUGUUCAGAGGAGAGUUAAGGACAGAAUUACAGAGUGUCCCAGAAACAGCAAACUUCUUGUCAUUGCUGAUCUUCCGUUCCCUUCUUGUGAAUUAAAGAGCAACCUUUCAGAUUAAUUCCUCCACGAAUCCCAGUGGGUUAACUCAACUGCCACAGGAAUGCUUGAAUUGAGGACCUAAGCCAUUUCAUGUUAUGGGAUGGUAUUUUUCACACAGCAGACACACAGUACUGCUAUUUCUCCUUUGUGUAGACAAGAAUCAGGUACCAAAUAAAGGACAGCUCUUUCUCAUUUUCCAGUUACCCCAGCAGCUGUCAGUUUCUACUCUCAUCACUCUUUAAAUACAAACUAUGCUUUUCCUCUAGAAGCUACUCGUGUGUAGCCUACCAAAAUUAAUGCAUUUUAAAAACUAAUUGCUGUGUCUUUCAUGAGUCUCUCCAUCCUGAGAUUUCCUAGAGCAAGCUGAAUUUGGAGGUAACAGGUUCUGGGCGAGGUGUGUGCAUAAUAACCAGGCACCACAGAUAUUCAGAUGUCUGUCUGAAGUGACAUGCCCUCGUUCUGAGUCCUUCACAGGGAAGUAGUUUCUGACCUGCAGAAUGGCAUUACGUGCAACCCGAAGUUCAGACUGUUUUCCCUCUGGGUACAUAAGGUACAGUAGAAUAUUGCCAUUUUCAUUCUGUUGCUGCUGUCUCUCAUACUUUCAUGAAGAUAGAGUGUAAAUUUAAGCACAAAAUGACUUUUUAGUCCUAGUUGUUUCCAAGUCUUGCACUGUAUUCUCUAACAACAACAAAAAUACUUGUUUACUUUAGGUAACUGUCCCAUUUUAGCAAUUUCUACCAUAGCCUCUCCUCUUACAGGAUGAAAUAAAUCAUGUACAGUUUCGGCACACUGGAUUUGGGCAAGAGUCUGGAAAUCCCAGAAUUGCCUUAUUCCUGUUUGCGUGCAGUCAGAACAAGGAUGUUCAGUUCCUUUCCUAACCUAAGCCUCUAAGCUUGCCCAAUGGUCAGGAUCUGCUAGCAGUGGAUUAUUUUCCAACACUUACAGCUUGCCUUUUCAAAGAAGCCACACUUCUGCGGCUUCCAUUGACCGUCCUGGAGCUGCAUGAGUCCUGCAGUCAAGAAGUCAACUUCUUAGCUUUGUCCUCUAAACAAAAACAAAAUCCUUGAAUGAUAUUCUGGGUGUUCAUUUUGCUGCAGUCUCUAAAACUCAAUGUUUAAGAGAAGUGUGGAAAAUAGUAAGCAGAGGGAAAAGCAGGUAGUUCCCAGUGCCAGUCACACCUUUGAGGCUCCUUUAGCUCCCUGCUCCAAAUUUGUGGAUUGCUGUCUUCAGCCUCCCAGUCACUGACAUAUUCCCACCCAGUAUUUUACAAGUCUUGAAUGUUGAGUAUCCAGGUUCUGAAAAGUGGAAAUAAUUACACACUCCCUGCAAUACCAUCCUUUAAGGUUAAAAGCCUGGACUGAUUCACACAGCCAAGCAAAGCUUUGUUGGGCUGUCUUGUAUGAUCCUCUCUUCUGUGAAAUGAUAUCACAAACCUUCAUAAUGUGACUCUCCCUGGUUUGAAUGGAGAAGUGGCUAAUAGCAUUAACUUUGAAAGGAUCAACAUUGUAACCUGGCAUCCACAGAAAAUGGUGAGGCAGUCAGUCUACAUCUCAGGGCUGCAGUAACGGGCUUUUAGCAAACUGAGCCUGCUAUGUACAUCAGUAAGUCUAGUCCAUCUUUUUAAGGGGACAAAUAAGAAACAGGCUUCUAGUUACCAGAGAAAAAUGAAAGCAAGCACUUGAUCCACACUGUAGUUCAGAGAUCUGUUCACCCUGAUGAGACAUCCCUCUCGUGCUCCUUGAAUUCUGAGAAGACAGUCUUCUAACUCAACAGUUUGAGUUGCCAUACAAAGAGGAAACCCAAGCUCUCUUCCAAGUUAUGUGCAUACAACUGUAGCACAGAUGAUAAGCUCUAGCUGCUUCAGCUGUCAGCCCCUUGUAACACACUGCUUUGUAAUUGCCCACAAGAGUUGAGAACCACCAAAGCCAAAGGAGACAGCCUGACUUGUUACGGUGAAUUGUUGCCUUUAAACCUAAUCGCUUGGUGGAAGUUGGAUUUGCAUUCUGCCUUUAUUCUUGCUUUGUCUAAAACUGACAGAUUAUUUUUCCUCCAAAACAAUAAAAGGGCAACGGUCUUAUCUUCUGAUGUGGAAACCUUCUGCCUCUGACCUGGAAUCCUGCAUAUGUACUUUUUACAGAUUAAAAAUAAUAUUGUAUAUACAAAAAAGAUUGAAUAAAGAAUGUCUUUACGUGAAAAA